UUGAGCUAGGACAGUGAGAAAGUUUGAUGCACUGCAGGUAGACAUGAGUUGGAGGUGCAGGAAGAGCUGCAGUACUGACGCUGUCCUGUUCAGCUUUAGAGCGCAGUGGAAGGAGUGGAGCUCGUGCAGAGUCUCUUCUCUCGCGAGGAAGGACGCCAUUACCGAAAUCCCUACAAAACAACACGAGAAUUCAUCAUUCACACGGCUUGAAUGAUGUCUGAGCAGGAUCUGGUGGAGAUAGUCCAGAUUGCUGUGGCGGACUUAAACCAUGAGGAAAAUGAUGCAGAUGUUCUGGAGAACCAUGAUGAUGCUGAUAAGCCAGAGCCGAAGCGAGCGAGGAUGGAAAGCAGUAACCAGGAUGUGACUCUCAAAGCAAUGCUAAUGUCCAUCAGCCAGGCUAUAUGCCAGAGGCUGGACAACAUGGAGGCAAAGCUGCAGAUGCUGGAGGCAACAUGUAGGGCCUUGGAGGAGAAGUUUGAUACUGUGAUGGGGAAAAACCCAGGGGCUAUUCAGGUGCCAAUGGUGGCUGGAUCACCCUUCGGUGCUACACAGACGUGCGACAAAGUUCGCUGUGUGGUGCCCCAGACCAACGUGGUAAUGAGCAGUGACCGUCCUAAACCAGGCCAAGAGGAGCCUCUUCCUCGCACCACAGACUCACUAGAGAAUCUUCUCAGCAAUGAGUCAGUAACAACUGAAUAUUUGGCUGACAGUACGGUGGGCAGAGGGAAACAAAAAACAAUCGUCCUAAAGGUGCCAGGGCCAGAAGAGAGUCAGGAGGACCUGGAGAGUGGAUCAGAAGCCAGCGACUCUGUGUCCAAUAGCGGCCAGUCCUCAGCACAGAACACCAACAAUGUCACACUCAUCACACUUAACUCAGAAGAGGACUAUCCUGCAGGAACGUGGCUCGGGGAUGAAAAUAAUCCGGAGAUGCGCGUGCGCUGUCCCGUAUCUCAAAGCGACAUGUUGCAUAUCAGCAGUAACUGCCGCACACCGGAGAAGAUGGCGCUCACACUGCUAGACUACCUGUUUCACCGUGAGGUGCAGGCCGUCUCUAACCUGUCCGGCCAGGGCAAACACGGCAAGAAGCAACUAGACCCGCUCAUGAUCUACGGCAUCCGUUGUCAUCUGUUCCACAAGUUUGCCAUCACCGAAUCAGACUGGUACCGCAUUAAACAGAGCAUUGACUCCAAGUGUCGCACAGCAUGGAGACGGAAACAGCGUGGCCAGAGCCUGGCAGUCAAGAGCUUCUCCCGCAGGGUACCGGCUGCCCGCACUGGCGCAGAGGGGGUCUCGGUAACAGAAACAGCAUCUUUGGAGAGCUCCACACAGCAGGCCCUCCAGUACGCACUGGCUGGUGCAACCCAACAGGUCCAGAUCCACCGCAUAGGAGAAGAUGGACAAGUGCAAGUAUUUCCACAGGGACACCUCCAUAUAGCUCAGGUGCCACAGGGGGAGCAGGUGCAGAUCACACAGGACAGUGAGGGCAACCUUCAGAUCCACCAGGUGCAUGUUGGGCAGGAUGGACAGGUUUUGAGAGGGACUCAGCUCAUUGCAGUGGCCUCUGCUGAUGGGACAGGGACGGUGGAGGCGUCUCCUCUGCAGGCAAAUGACAUCCAAGUUCAAUACGUCCAGCUGGGCUCUGUGACUGACCACACAGGAACUGUGCAGGCUGAGGCACUAGGCUCUGCGCUGCAGGCAGAGAUGGAGGUAAAGGAGGCCAUACAGAUCCAGCAAGGUGCAAACGGAGAAGUGGUCCAAAUUCAGAUGCCUGUCAACUCAGUCGGCACCUGAGACACCAGCUCAUGCACUCUCUCUCAUUCACAAGACUUCUAAGCGUACACACAGAUGCAUCAUUGCGGUUCUGCAGCAGUAGCACCUGAGAUACACAGAGAGAGAGAGAGAGAGAGAGAGAGAGAGAGAGAGAGAGAGAGAGAGAGAGAGAUUGAUAUUCGUGGGUGCUCAAACUCAAAAUCUGAGUGGACAACCAUGGGUUAAGCCCAGGCAGAGAGUCUUUGUUUAAACAAAUAAUAUAAUUCCUUUUGGGUCAACCAGUCUAUUGGCAAUCUUCUGACAAUCACAGACUGUGAAAGCAGCCAGUCAGCUUAUUAACACAAAAGCAGUGUUGGCUCUAGUGCAGGCUUGUCAAAGCUGCAUGGGAUACAGGCUGUGGCCCAGCUGAGUACAGGAGAAAGGAGGUCCCAAAGCUCCCCCCCCCAAGCAUCUGUGCUUCAUCACUGCAGCAGCUUCACUGUGCAAGAUGAGUUUAUUUAACUACAGCUUAGAGGAGUCUGUCUAGCUGUUAGGUUUUCAUGUUCAGCUAAUCUCAGCUAAUGUUGAUGAUCAGUUACGACAGAGAUCGUACCUUGUAAAAACUGAAUUUUGCAAAUGAAGGUGACCUUUGCUACGCAUGCUUCCUCCAAGGUUCUGAUUGCAUAAUCAGCUGGAGCAUCUACUGCAUAACUGGCAUCAUAUUGCUUUGUUAAAAAUAAUAAGUGAAUUCUUUUUUCAUUUUAUUCGUUUGCUGUCAUUGUUUGACUUUCAGUUGGGUUUCACAAUGGUUAGCCCAUUAAAGUCGAUUGUAGGUUCCUGAUACCUUAUGGUAACAAAUGUAUUAAGCAGAAAAUUUCUCAUACUGUAGAUAGGAAACAUGAGAUUGUAUUUGGGAUUGACAAUGAUCAAGCCCAUGUACAUUCAAUGUGUUGCAUAAGUAUUCACCCCCUUGAACUUUUCACAUUUUGUACUGGUACAUCCUGGAUCUGAAAUGGAUUUAAUUGGGGUUAAAUGUCAUGAAAAUUAGUUCUGGUGCAAGAGCAGUUUCCAACAUAAGUCACAUAAUUAGGUGAAUGGAGUCCAACUGUGUACAAUUAAUGUAUCACAUAAUGUCAAUAUAAAUAAAUCUGGAAUGUACCCGGAAGGCCCCAGAGUUUCUUAGAGAACAUACCUAACCAAAGAGCAGUCCAGGACAGAGUGGUAACGUAUCAGUGUUUGGCUAUAAAAAUAUCCCAAACUUUGAACAUCCCGUGUGAUAUCUGUUAUUAAAACAUGGACAGAAUAUGGAAUAUCUGCAACUCUGUCUUGAGGAAAAUGUCCACCAACAGUCAGUAACCAGGUAAGGACACCAUUAGUCAGAGAAGCAACCAAAAGGCCAAGGGUAAUUCUAAAUGUGAUAAUGUCACCACCAUGCUUCAAUGUGUGGAUAUUCUCCUCAGAAUGAUGAGCAAUGUUGGGUUUCCAUCACUUGUAGGACUUUGUGUCAAGGUCAAGCUGUUCAGUUAUGGUCUCAUCAGAACAAAAAGAACCACAUGUUUGCUGAGUCUUCAUCAAACCUUGAUUUGCGCUGUAGAGAAUACACUGCUUUACAUUGUGUAUGACUUGUUCAAAAGGGAAUAAAUGACUGCCAUUGUGUCAUGUA